AUGUCUCAAUCAACCGAACCACCGGUCUACACUCUCGCCGAAGGUCGUCCUGUUCAGGACCCGACCUCUCAGGUCACUCUACGUGGAUCCAAGAUCCGUGGCGGAGCUCUUGGUCUAUUACAGGAUACCCAGCUUAUCGAGACAUUGGCACACUUCCCACGAGAGAGAAUACCCGAACGUGUAGUACAUGCUAAAGCUGCUGGUGCGUGGGGCGAAUUCGAAGUCACCCACGACAUUACAGAUUGGUGUUCUGCAGACCUCUUCAGCAAUGUUGGCAAGAAGACCGAGGUCUUAGCUCGCAUCUCGACAGUAGCUGGCGAGAAGGGAUCGUCCGACACCGCUCGUGACAUCCGCGGUUUCGCCUUGAAGUUCAAGACCGAAGAGGGCAACUGGGACUUUGUCGGAAAUGACUUGCCAGUCUUCUUUAUCCGCGACCCAAUCAAGUUCCCUUCAUUGAACAGAUCUCACAAGCGCCACCCUCAGACGGCUGUUGCUGACAGCAGCAUGUUCUGGGACUUCCACAACCGCAACCAAGAGGGAGCGCACACUCUCAUGCAGCUCUUUGGCCCACGUGGUGUGCCUGAGUCGUUGCGCAUGGUCAACGGCUUCGGAAACCACACUUUCAAGUUUGGCAAACCUGAAGAUGGCACAUUUAAAUACGUCAAGAUCCAUUUUAAACCAACCGCCGGCAUCAAGACUCUAAGUCAGGAAGACGCCGUGCGCUUGGCUGGCGAGGAGCCUGACUACCAUGUUAAGGAUAUGUACAACGCCAUUGAGGCUGGCGACUAUCCUUCAUGGACGAUGAUGCUUCAGGUCAUGGAUCCCAAGGAGGCUGAGACAUACAGAUGGAACAUUUUCGACAUUACCAAGAUUUGGCCUCACAAGGAUUACCCCUUGAUUCCUGUCGGAAAGUUGACCCUUACCAAGAACCCCGCCAACCACUUUGCAGAGAUUGAGCAGGCUGCCUUCUCGCCUUCGAAUCUGGUUCCUGGCAUUGGGCCAUCUGCGGAUAUCAUGCUACACGCUCGUAUGUUCAGUUAUCCCGAUGCUGCACGAUACCGUGUCGGCCCCAACUACCAACAACUGCCUUGCAAUGCUGCCAAGAAUGUCUACUCGCCCUACCAAAGAGACGGCCCCAUGAGAAUGGAUGGAAAUUAUGGCUCAGACCCAGACUACACACGCUCCUCUUUCAGAAAGAUUAAAAGUGGUCCCGCGGAUCUCGUCCACGACGAGUGGGUCGGCACAGUCCAAGAAUACUCAUCCGACGUCACAGACGAGGACUGGGAGCAGCCUAAGAUGCUAUGGAAGCUCUGGAAGGAGAAUAAGAGUGGCGACGACGAGGCAUUCAUCCACAACCUGUCUGGCCACCUCAGCAAGGCGCUGCCCGAAGUCCAGAAGGAGACCGUGGAGAUGUGGGCUAAGGUGGAUGAGGAGAUUCGAAAGCGCCUCCAGGAAGCGCUCGACAAGAGCGGUGCAAGUGCAGAUCACAGCAAGAUACCUCCUAGUCAGCGAGCUCUGGCUACCCACAGGAAGUGA